CAGUACUAUACUUGUUGCAGACCCGGCGUUUUGGCAACUAAGCUAUCACCUGUGACAUGGCAUCUUAGCUGACUUCCUUGUGUCGUCUUUAAGUACUUCGAGCUGCUGCCACAUCUCAGUCAUCAACCAGCAACUUCCAAGCUAUGUCGCGAUCUUGGAUUGGUCCUGGUGUGGCCUACCUCACUCGGGGUUUGCUUUCUGUCAUUUUUCCGACCGCUUCUUCCGUCAUCAUUACGGAACGUAUGGCCUCUACAGGGUCUUCGAGUCUCUCCAUGGCUUUUGUCGGUGGUGGUUUUGGGUGCAGCGUCUCUGGCUUUGCAGCUUAUGUCGAGAUAUCGCAGCGACGAAAGGUCACUCGACUUGGUGCUAGACUCAUUCCUGGUGUCCAGGGCAAAUGGCUUGGAAAUCUGGACAAGAUGGUCCAGAGGUCCGAGAACAAAUACCUUGGUAUAGUUCCCAUUUCACGCAUUUCAUGUUCGUGCUUUACCUUUCUGUCCUGGACGAUUUAUGCUGGACGAGAUCAAGGAACUUGGGCCGACUCAUAAUUUUCGGAGGACGACAUCCUGACACGGAGUCCCAACACAUAAAGGUAUCUCCAAUUUAUAUUCGAAGACAUUAAUACAACCUAGCUCCACGCAGACCAUUCUCGCAAUUGAUUUUCAUGCGAGGGAUACCACACAUGACAACACAUGGACGUCCCCAAAACUUGGGAGGAAGCUAGCGUUGGAGUUCGAUCCGGAUAGAUAGCUCGACGAGCGCGUGCAGAAAUAUCUGCUUCACAAUCCCUUCAUUUUCCUUCUAUUUAAUACAGGGCCGAGGAUCUGCUCUGGGCAACAAGUACGUCGCUCAUGGAGUUCCUCAUUA